GCAGCAGCAGCAGCCACCAUGUCCUCGCUGCGCUGCCAGGGGUUGUGUGCGGCUGUUCUCGUCACCGUCACCACCACGCUCCUCUUCUUUGCGCCGUGCUGCCUGGCGGAGGUGGUGCUGGAGCAAGACGAGCACGGUGCGCUGCACAUCAACACCAGCAACCCCUCAGUGCAGCCUGUGCUUGUGAACGGGGUGAACGUGGGCACGAUGGACGCGUUGGUUGCCGCACAUGGCAGCACGUUGGAGACGCUGCAGCGUGUGAAUGAGGAACUGCGAGCACAGGAUGCUCGGAGCAUCGAAGCACUGUGUCGCCGGUUUCCACCAGCCACAACCGUCAUCCCCGGUAUUGGAACUGGAGAUUAUGACUGGCUCGGCGGCGUCGUUUCUGACGCAGGCAUCGUGGUUGGCAUCCCUCACAACUCCGGCUCCGUGCUGACCAUUGAUCCAGCGACCAACACCGUUGACACCACUUCCAUGAACAACCUGGGCGUGGGUGCCAAGUGGGGAGGUGGCGCCUUGGCAGACACCGGCUUGAUCUACGGCUUCCCGCACGACGCCGACGCGGUGCUCGUGAUCAACCCCACAACGAAAACAGCCGACAGCACUUCACUUGGUGGGCUGCAAACAGGCGGUAGCAAGUGGAUCAGCGGCGUUGCUGCCAAUAACGGCCUCAUCUAUGGCGUUCCAUGGUCUGCGUCAUCUGUCCUCAUCAUUGACCCAGCGACCAACACCACCAGCCACAUACCCGUCGAUGGGCUCCCCGCGUUGCAGUUCAGGUGGUACGGCGGCGCCCAGGUGGACAGCGGCCUGAUUUACUGCACGCCACACAAUGCCAAGUCCGUCCUGAUCAUCGAUCCAGCCACAAACACAACAGACGCCACAACCUUUGGUGGCCUGGCAGGACCCGCAAAGUGGCUCGGGACUGUGCUUGCAGACAACGGCCUCGUCUUCGGCAUCCCAUUCACCAGCCCCUCUGUGCUCGUUGUCGACCCCCGCAGCAACACCACAGACACGACCUCCAUUGCUACCCUCUCCAGCAACAACGGCAAAUGGGUCGGUGGCAUCCUUGCCCCCAACGGCCGGGUCAUUGGCAUCCCGAGGGAUGCAGCCUCUGUGCUCAUCAUCGACCCCUCAACACUCACAGCGGACACGACGACGCUGCCAGUAUCUGCAGCAUCCGACAAGUGGUGGGAUGGGGUGAUUGCACCCAACGGCCUCGUUUACGGCGUACCUCGUACUGCAAUGGAAGGCCUCGUGAUUGACCCCGGCUGCUGAUGAUGACAACACUACUGACGACGACGUGCAAGUGUGCCGUGGAUGUGUGGGGGGAGGGGAAGAAACUGUGUGG